GAAGUCACUAUGGAGUACGAUGACAUACUGCAUCAAAUUGGGCCAUAUGGCAAAUACCAGAAACUCCUGGUUCUUGCCAUGUUUGUGAUCAAGAUCCCACUUUCAUGUCACUUUAUAGCUCAAGUGUUCCUGGCUGCAAAAACAGACCACUGGUGUGCACUUCCAGAAAGCCAAGCAAUCAACUGCACUCAACUCCGGCUGACUUCACUAACUGACUGUCUAGAAGAGCAGAAGAGCUAUAGCAUUCCUUACGAGAUUGACCAUGAUGGGGAACAAGUUUACUCUUCAUGCCAACGGUAUAUCUUGGGUGAUGAAGGCGAUGAUAGUGGCCAGAUUUUAAAUUCAACUGAUAUCAUCUCCUGUGAUGCUGGUUGGGUCUUUGAUCAUUCACGCUACAAGUCAACCAUCAAUGAAAAUUUCAAUCUGGUUUGUGACAGAGAGGAUCUGCCUGGAAUUGCCCAGUCGAUUUGGUUUGCAGGAUUGCUGGCUGGUUCCUUGGGCUGGGGUUCUGUGGGUGACUGGAUUGGUAGAAGGAAGACCUUCAUCUUGACACUCAUUCUUGUCACAGUGUCGUCAACUGUAACAUCCUUUGUACCAAAUUUUACCUCCUUUGUGGCCAUGCGCUUCAUUACUGCAGCCUGUUCAUAUGGCACCGUUCUCAUGACGUAUGUCUUGGUUUCCGAGAUAGUUGGUCCCAAGAAGCGAGUAGUUGCCAACACCAUACUGUUCUUUUCAUUCUCGACAGGUUAUGUUUUGUUGACUCUUCUGGCAUUUCUCCUGAGAGAAUGGCGCCACCUACAUUUGGCUAUAUCACUUCCGUUCAUCCUUUGCCUACUUCUAGUCUUUGUUAUACCAGAGUCUCCUCGCUGGCUUAUUAUAAAAGGCAGAUUCAAGGCAGCCACCAAAACCAUUGAAAAUAUAGCCAAAGUGAAUGGUACCCAGGUUCCUGAAGACUUAAUUGACAAACUGAGUGACACCAAACAAGACAACAAGCAGCAUUCGAACUUCCCCGUCACUCAGCUUGAUCUUGUCCGCACUCCCAACAUCCGCAAAAAAACUCUCAUCCUUUUUGUUGACUGGUUUGUUGCAAAUAUGGUGUACUAUGGUUUGUCCUUGAGUACCUCUGCCUUGGGUGUAGAUGACUACCUUGCUGCCUUUGUGUCUGGGGCUAUAGAAGUACCCAGUUACCUCUUUUGUUGGUAUGUUAUGAAUCGCUAUGGUAGACGUCUAUCUCUGGUUGGCUUCUACAUCUUUAGUGGACUGUUCUGCCUCAUCACAAUCUUCAUUCCUUUUGGAGCAACUAGGGCUGCAGUGGCCAUGGCGGGUAAAUUUGCCAUCAGCGCAGCAUUUGGUCACAUCUACAUCUACUCUCUUGAAAUCUUCCCCACCAUCAUCAGAAGUAUGGGCAUGGGUGCAUCCUCUAUGGUAGCUCGUGUAAGUGGCAUUCUCUGUCCUUUCAUCCUACUCCUGGGUAAGUACUGGCAACCGCUACCUCUCUGUGUCUUUGGAGGCGGCUCCAUCGUUGCAGGAAUCCUGUCUUUGAUGCUACCAGAGACCAUUGGCUGCCCAUUGCCUGACACCAUUCAGGACGGAGAAAACUUUGGGAAGGGUGAGCGCUUCCAACAGUGUUAUAAGAGAAACCCUGGAAGGAAGAACCAAGAUCCUUCCCAACCACCACCAGACUAUUUGCCUCUACCAACACUCCAAAAUACCCAGCAAGACCCUAUACAUGUGGAUGCCUAAAGUCGUCUCACUAGUUUGACAUAGUAGUGGUAAUCAGCUCUGAGCAGAUGGAAUGACCUGUUCCCACUUGCAAGCAAUG